CCACUUCGCCAUUUUGUAAUACCCGGUUGUCUUGUUGGGACGCAACAUAUAGCUUUAGCAUUAAAAAAAACAAACACGUCUAAUGUUACUCUAAAUCCUUAUCGUGUGUCGGGUAGAAUUCAUGAUUAGUUUAACAACCGCAUGCUAACUACACCGUUCACUAACUAAAUGUAGAGGCUCGCUGCUAGGCAAAGCAACGUGUUAGCCCCUGCUAGUGUCCGACAAAGACAACGCUUCUUCUUUUUUUUUCUCUUCCAACUGUGAACCUGCCGGCUGACACGUUGACGUCCACCGUGCAAGAGGCGAAGACCGAGGAGAUGGCGAGCUCCGUGGGGAACGUGGCGGACAGCACAGAACCGACAAAACGUAUGCUUUCCUUCCAAGGGUUGGCUGAGCUGGCACACCGGGAAUAUCAGUCAGGAGACUUUGAGGCAGCAGAGCGCCAUUGCAUGCAGCUAUGGCGUCAGGAGCCUGAUAACACGGGCGUGCUGCUGCUCCUGUCCUCCAUUCACUUCCAGUGCAGAAGGCUUGACAGGUCUGCCCACUUCAGUACGCUGGCCAUCAAACAGAAUCCAAUGCUAGCAGAGGCGUACUCCAACCUCGGGAACGUGUACAAGGAGCGAGGGCAACUUCAGGAAGCCAUCGAACAUUACCGCCAUGCUCUGCGACUGAAACCAGAUUUCAUAGACGGCUACAUCAACCUUGCGGCAGCUCUGGUCGCUGCCGGGGACAUGGAGGGAGCAGUGCAGGCUUAUGUGUCUGCCUUACAGUAUAACCCUGAUCUGUAUUGUGUGCGCAGUGACUUGGGUAACUUGCUUAAAGCACUUGGACGCUUGGAAGAGGCAAAGGCUUGCUACCUGAAAGCCAUUGAGACUCAGCCCAACUUCGCAGUAGCUUGGAGCAAUCUGGGCUGUGUGUUCAAUGCCCAGGGAGAAAUAUGGCUGGCCAUACACCAUUUUGAAAAGGCUGUGACGUUGGACCCAAAUUUCCUCGACGCUUACAUCAAUUUAGGAAAUGUUUUAAAGGAAGCCCGAAUCUUUGACAGAGCUGUGGCUGGAUAUUUGAGAGCCCUCAGUCUUAGUCCAAACCAUGCCGUUGUACACGGAAACUUGGCCUGUGUCUACUAUGAACAGGGCCUUAUUGACCUGGCUAUUGACACUUACCGCCGAGCUAUUGAGCUUCAACCCCACUUCCCAGAUGCUUAUUGUAAUUUGGCAAAUGCCCUGAAGGAGAAAGGCAAUGUGUCUGAAGCAGAAGAGUGCUACAACACAGCCUUGCGUUUGUGCCCGACCCAUGCAGACUCCCUUAACAACUUGGCCAAUAUCAAACGUGAGCAAGGCAACAUUGAGGAGGCUGUUCAGCUAUACAGGAAAGCCCUAGAGGUGUUCCCCGAAUUUGCUGCAGCUCACUCCAACCUUGCCAGUGUCCUCCAGCAGCAGGGUAAACUCCAGGAGGCUCUCAUGCACUACAAGGAAGCUAUCAGAAUCAGCCCCACAUUUGCAGAUGCCUACUCAAAUAUGGGAAACACGCUGAAAGAGAUGCAAGAUGUACAAGGAGCGCUCCAGUGCUAUACACGUGCCAUACAGAUCAACCCUGCUUUUGCUGAUGCUCACAGCAAUUUGGCGUCAAUACACAAAGAUUCUGGAAACAUUCCAGAGGCCAUUGCUUCUUAUCGCACAGCCUUGAAACUCAAGCCUGAUUUCCCUGAUGCAUACUGUAACUUGGCACAUUGCUUGCAGAUUGUGUGCGAUUGGACAGAUUAUGAUGAUCGGAUGAAAAAGCUUGUGAGCAUUGUUGCUGACCAGCUUGAAAAGAAUCGCUUGCCUUCAGUGCACCCUCAUCACAGUAUGCUGUACCCACUCUCUCACGGCUUCCGCAAGGCCAUUGCUGAGCGCCAUGGAAACCUUUGCCUGGACAAGAUCAAUGCAUUGCACAAACCCACUUACGAGCAUCCUAAAGAUUUGAAGGCCAGCGGUGGACGUCUGCGUGUUGGUUACGUCAGCUCAGACUUUGGCAACCAUCCGACGUCUCACUUGAUGCAGUCCAUUCCCGGGAUGCAUAAUCCUGAGAAAUUUGAGGUGUUUUGUUACGCUCUGAGCCCUGAUGACAGUACCAACUUCAGAGUCAAAGUUGUGGCAGAAGCUCAUAAUUUCACAGACCUCUCACAGAUUCCUUGCAAUGGAAAGGCAGCUGAUCGCAUUCACCAAGAUGGGGUCCACAUUCUGGUUAACAUGAAUGGAUAUACCAAGGGAGCCAGAAAUGAGCUGUUUGCUCUACGCGCUGCUCCUAUUCAGACAAUGUGGCUGGGUUACCCUGGAACCAGCGGUGCACCCUUCAUGGACUACAUCGUCAGUGACAAGGAGACAUCACCUCUUGAAGUAAUCGAGCAAUAUUCCGAGAAGGUUGCCUACAUGCCACAUACAUUUUUCAUUGGAGAUCAUGCCAACAUGUUUCCUCAUCUCAAGAAAAAAGCGGUGAUUGAUUUCAAAUCAAAUGGACACAUCUUUGACAACCGCAUUGUUCUUAACGGUAUUGAUCUGAAGGCCUUCUUGGACAGUCUGCCAGAUGUAAAAGUGAUUAAGAUGAAAUGUGACAUCAAUCAGGAACCAGCUGCAGACACAAAUGGAGCUUUGUCAAUGCCCGUGAUCCCAAUGAAUACAGCUGCAGAAGCAAUUAUCAACAUGAUCAACCAAGGUCAAAUACAGGUCACCAUCAACAGCUUUACUGUCAGCAACGGCCUUGCCACCACCCAGAUCAAUAACAAAGCUGCCACAGGGGAAGAAGUUCCACGCACAAUUGUUGUGACGACUCGCUCCCAGUAUGGUCUUCCAGAGGACUCCAUUGUUUACUGCAACUUCAACCAACUCUACAAGAUUGACCCACCAACCCUUCAGAUGUGGGCCAAUAUCCUAAAACGUGUACCCAACAGUGUAUUGUGGCUCCUUCGGUUCCCAGCUGUGGGCGAGCCCAACAUCCAGCAGUAUGCUCAGAACAUGGGUCUUCCAGGUUCUCGCAUCAUCUUCUCUCCAGUGGCCCCCAAAGAAGAACAUGUUAGGAGGGGGCAGCUGGCUGAUGUGUGCUUAGACACACCUCUGUGCAAUGGUCACACCACAGGCAUGGAUGUUCUCUGGGCUGGAACACCUAUGGUCACCAUGCCAGGUGAAACUCUUGCCUCGCGAGUGGCUGCUUCACAACUCAGCUGCCUUGGCUGUCCGGAACUCAUUGCCCAUACACGGCAGGACUAUGAAGAUGUAGCAGUCAAGUUGGGAUCUGACAUGGAAUACUUGAAGAUGAUUAGGGCACGUGUUUGGAAGCAGCGCAUCUGUAGUCCUCUCUUCAACACCAAGCAGUACACUAUUGAACUGGAGAGACUCUAUCUGCAGAUGUGGGAGCACCAUAGCAACGGCAACAAGCCAGAGCACAUCUUUAAAGUCCACACAGUAGAAAGCAGCGACAAUGCCUAAACUGGAAAGUCUUCAACCUUCCCCUAACUUAACAAUACUACCACAGAUAUAAACUUUCCCACAAUCAUUUUUCCAAAAAUCAUAAGCAUCUUAGUUUGAAAGGAUGUUUUGACCUUUCUGUUAAAGCACUGUUUUUUCACGUCCUUUGACUUUUAUUUGGGAAUCAAUGGAUCUUCACACAAACACACAUUUAUCCCCCAUCAUCACGUUGCAUCGCUUGAUCGUGUAUCCUCAGCUAGAAACUUUCAGUUUUGAGACUAUCUUGGAAAGCAUGAGAGACUUAAGUACCCGUGAUAGAUUACUUGGAUCAAUAGUCCCUCCUCAACCUCCUCCUGCUUUCCAUGUGUUGUGUGAACAGGACCUGUUUCAGUUUGUGGAGAAAUUGCCUAACCCUAAUAGUUAUAUUUAUAAUUGGAUUAAAGAUAUUGGGGGCUUUUUUGUAUGAUAUUGUUGCGCCAUGGAUAUUGUAAGUCUUUAGUUCACUCACCUUGAACCUAUAAUUUUAACACCAAUUGCAUCUGGUCUCUUCUCCCAAGAUAUUUAAUUAUAAUAAUGAAGAGGAUGUAAAACAUUUUUAAGAAAUGACUUCCUCUCCUUGACAAUUUAGCUGUUGUCCUGUUUUGAUGUUACACUGCUUAAUAACUAAUGGUCAUUUGGAUGAAGUUCAAGUUCUAAACCUUAUAGCUAAGAGCAGAUUAAGCAGGUCUUAAAUCACUGAAGGAACGGCCUAGGUAAGUAUUUUCUUAGCAGUUUUGUUUUUGUAAAGUCUGAGUUUAUGCUGUCAAUUAUGAUUUGCUCUGAAUAUUGGGGAAAAAAAUAAAGAUGGCAAUUUGCAA